GUUUUAGCUUUUGAGGCGUGCACCGAAGCAAACCCUCACUAAACCCUUAGGUUACUUUCAUACAACCACUGUUUAUAAACUCAUCCGCACUUUUAGCCUACACACGGAGAUCUGACGUUCUUCGUUGGAAUUAGACUGUUGAUUCAACGUUGUUGGAGAGCUGGGUUUCAAUUCCUUGCAUUUUCUCCCGCAAGAUUGUGUUUGAACCUUUACUGUUCCCGAACCCACAAGUCUUGGAGCCAGAACGUAGGAGGGAAAGGACAAGAAAAGGGCUAUCUGAAACAUGCUCUUCUUGUUGUGCCUCAUGCUGUUUGUUCCACGUGUGUUCUCCUCAUCGACACCAGUGGCUGGAAUCUUCCCCCAGGACCCGGCGUUGCGGAUGGGCUCCAGCCUGACGGCCACGUGCACAGUGAGCCCCGAGCGGGGGCUGCAUGCCAACACUAUGUACUGGACCAUGAACGGGAAGAGACUCCCUAGUAGCACGUACGACCUGCUGAGCCCCAACUGCCUCAGUGUCACUCUGCACCACCUCAAUGGCUCCCAGCAACAGUCUGGGGACAACCUGGUGUGUCACAGCGGAGAUGGACAUGUCCUAGCUGGCUCCUGUCUCUACGUGGGCAUGCCCCCGGAGAAGCCGGUCAACCUAACCUGCUGGUCCCGAAACACAAAGGACCUGAGCUGCAAGUGGACCCCUGGGGGUUGGGGCGAAACCUUCAUCAAAACCAAAUACACCCUCAAGUACAAAUUGAGGUGGUACGGGCGAGAGAGGGAAUGUGAGGACUACAGCACGGGGCAACGCUACACGUGUUAUAUCCCCCGGGACUUGGCCCUCUUUACUCCCUACGAGAUCUGGGUGGAGGCGUCCAAUCAGCUCGGGACUGCCACCUCUGAUGUCAUCACUCUGGAUAUCCUGGAUGUGGUGACCACAGACCCUCCAGACAAUGUCCAUGUGAGUCGUGUGGGGGAGCUUGAGGACCAGCUGACAGUGCAUUGGGGCAGCCCCCCGGCACUCAAAGACUUCCUCUUCCAGGCCAAAUACCAGAUACGCUACCGACUGGAGGACAGCACUGAAUGGAAGGUGGUGGACGAUGUAGGUAACCAGACAUCGUGCCGGCUAGCGGGGCUUAGGGCAGGGACGGUGUACUUUGUCCAGGUGAGGUGCAACCCAGUGGGGAUCUACGGCUCCAGGAAGGCUGGGAUUUGGAGUGACUGGAGCCACCCUUCAGCUGCCUCCACACCCCACAAUGAGCGGCUGCAGAGUGGGUCAUGUGAGCCCAAGCCAGGCGAACAGAACUCCACCCUGCGACGGGAGCUCAAGCAGUUCUUUGGCUGGGUUCGCAAACACGCCUAUGGCUGCAGCGGCAUGUCAAUCAAACUCUACGACCAGUGGCGGGUGUGGCUGCAGAAAUCGCAUAAAACGCGCAACCAGGUAGGUAAGAAUAAUAUCCCCUUUAUUUCUGUUACAACUCAGUCAUGGUACAUAACUGUGAAGCCUAUGCUAUGUACCACUGGGCUACUGUAGCUCCUUAUCACAACAACACCCUCUGUUGUCAAAGUGUUGAACUCUGCAUACACCCUGAUUUUCUGACCCUCUUUGUCCUGAUUUUAACUUUUGCGAUGUGUUCAGUGUUGUGGAAGCACACAGAACCAUCAUUGCCCUAGAACUUAGACUUUCUGAUGUCUUUGUCCGUUUUAUGCUCAGGUAUGUGUGCGGUUUCCACUUUAUCGGCACAGAGUACAGCUUAACGUUGAUAUCCACUCAGUUUUCUGAGUCUUGCAAUGCCAUUUUAUUAUUUUAAUGGCACAGAUUUGCUUUUCAGUCGAUUACCACAACAAAGAGAAAUGACCAUGUUAAUAUAAUUAACAACCACUUUAAUGUGUUGCUUUUGUGUUCUCUCUGUGACGUGAGGAGCUUGUUUCACAACAUUACUCACCCCAAAUGGCAGCCAGGAGGACUGAGCUCACCGCUAAGCCACAUCCUCUGUACGCCCCCUGAACCUAAUCGUUGGUUGUUAUGCUACUGAGGACAAGAGAACUGCCUGACACGUUUAGCUCACCUGAUUAGUGUGGCGUAUCCUGAAUAGUGUCUGUGUUUAACUGCUCUGAGAAAAAAGGGCAGUUCAACUGGAUGUUACCAAUACAAUAUUCAACUUACAGCUCAGACACCCAUACAUACCCCACAAGACAUGCCACCAGGGGUCUCUUCACAGUCCAAUUCCAAAGAAAAUUCAAGGCAACUCUCAGUAUUAUACAUGAUCGCAUGGAACUCCCUUCUCCAGUUUUUAAGUAAACAGCUAAAUGACCUUAGACAAAACAGAUGAAAACCUCUACGGGAUCGUUGUCCCCUCCGCGGGACAGUUGAGCUAAUGUAGGCUAAUGUGAUAAGCAUGAGGUUGUAAGUAACAACAACACAACAUUCUCAUGACAGACAUAUCUGAUAUGGCAGAAAGCUUCAAUUCUUGUUAGUCUAACUGCACUGUCCAAUUUACAGUAGCUAUUACAGUGAAAUAAUACCAUGCUAUUGUUUGAGUGCACACUUAUGAACUAGAAAAUGUAUUAAUGAACCAAUUAGGCACAUUUGGGCAGUCUUGAUACAAAAUGUUUAACACAUAUGCAAUGGUUCAUUGGAUUAGUCUGAAACUUUGCACAUGCACUGCUGCCAUCAAGUGGCCAAAAUCUAAAUAGCACCUGGGCUGGAAUAAUACAUUACGUAAUUUCUUGCAUUUCAAAGACGAAAAAACAACAACUUUGAAAACACAUGUUUUUUUUCUUUGUAUUAUCUUUUACCAGAACUAAUGUGUUAUAUUCUCCUACAUUCAUUUCACAUUUCCCCAAACUUCAAAGUGCUUCCCUUCAAAUGGUAUCAAGAAUAUGUAUAUCCUUGCUUCAGGUCCUGAGCUACAAGCAGUUAGAUUUGGGUAUGUCAUUUUAGGCGAAAAUUGAAAAAAAGGGUCAGAUCCUUCAAGAGGUUUUAAACACCUUAAAGGCACACUUGUGACUGUGAAAUGACACACACACACACACACACACACACACACACACACACACACACACACACACACACACACACACACACACACACACACACAAAUAGGCACACUAACACACAAUCUACACACAGUAUUUAGUUAUAUAUCGUUGUAUUUUACAUUUGUGUGACUGUCUAUCAGAGUAGCAGUGUUUUGUUACUUGUCAUGUUUUAUAUUUUUUCGUGGACUCCAGGAAGAAUAGUUGCUGCUUCGGCAAAAGCUAAUGGGGAUCCAAAUAAACUAAAAACCAAUACGCAAUUAGUGUCAGUAUGAUAAGGAAUAGGAAUUACCGUUCAAUUGAAUUACCCCAAUAUUAAACAUUUGUUUUCCCUUUCAGAUUCUAUAAGGCGAUAAAUCAUAACACAUCCUAAAACAUCAUUGAAAUAUUUAAGCAACAUUCACAACAGCAACUGAGAAACUGUCAGAAGGCCACUUUGAGGCCUCUCGGUGAAAGCGAUCCAACACUGGAUAUUCCAGCAUUUGGUCACACACAACAACUCUUCUUUGUAGGAAUCCAUGUGGAACAGAAAAAGAACUGAUGCAAGACGCCAGCGUGUUACAUUGCUGUCUGCAGCCCUGGAUUAAAAUAGAGUGGAAUCCCAUCUCUAAGAACUUCUCCUCUCCAUCCCCUCCUCUCCACACAAACACACUCUUACACUCACAUCUCCUGGGAGUGCCAAAGUGGAGAGCCUUUUUCUGAGCACAUUUCAGACCAUCGCUGAGUGGGAGCAUGGAAAAGUUUCUUAAUGCAGCAUUAGUAUGUGCUUGACUCAGAUGGCCAUAAAUCAUCUUACAGACUACGGUCAGAUCAGACACAUAGUGGCCACCAUCACAGGCUUUUACCACAGACACAAGGGCAUUAUGCAAUCUUGCUGGAAUGUCAUAUACUAUAUAAAGAACUUCACUAAUUCAGCUCCUGUUCUGGAAACUCAAUAACAGAACAUGUCAGAAUUCAAUAAGAUGAAGUUAUUUUCAUAAUGUAUUUCCAUUCUAACAACUUUAAUAGCCACACAGUUGUCUGAGCCACACUAUAUAUAAACAAAAGUAUGUGGACACCCCUUCAAAUGAGUGGAUUUGGAUAUUUCAGCCAGACAGGUAUAAAAUGGAGCACACCGCCAUGCAAUCUCCAUAGACAAACAUUGUCAGUAGAAUUGCCUUAGUGAUGAGCUGUGACUUUCAAAGUGGCACCUUUCAUUUGGUCAAAUUUCUGCCCUGCUAGAGCUUCCCUGAUCAAUUGUAAGUGCUGUUAUUGUGACGUGGAAACAUCUAGGAGCAACAACACCACAGGUGCAAAGUGGUAGGACACAAGCUCACAGAACGGGACCACCAAGUGCUGAAGUGGGUAGCACAUAAAACAAUUGUCUGUCCACUACAGAGUUCCAAACUACAUCUGGAAGCAACGUCAGCACAAGAUCUGGCCGCUGGGAGCAUCAUGAAAUGGGUUUCCAUGGCCGAGCAGCCGCACACAAGCCUGAGAUCACCAUGCGCAAUGCCAAGUGUCGGCUGGAGUGGUGGAAAGCUCACCGCCAUUAGACUCUGGAGCAGUGGAAACGCAUCCUCUGGAGUGAUGUAUCACGUGUCACCAUCUGGCAGUCCGACUGGGUUUGGGUUCGGCGGAUGCCAGGAAAACGCUACCUGCUCCAAUACAUAGUGCCAAUUGUAAAGUUAGGUGGAGGCGGAAUAAUGGUCUGGGGCUGUUUUUCAUGGUUCAGGCCCUUUAGUUUCAGUGAAGGGAAAUCUUAGCACUAGAGCAUACAAUGACAAUCUAGACAAUUCUGUGCUUCCAACUUUGUGGUAACAGUUCGGGGAAGGCCCUUUCCUGUUCAGCAUGACAAUUCCUGUGUGCACAAAACAAGGUCCAUACAGGAAUGGUUUGUCGAGAUCGGUGUGGAACGCUGAGUGCGAGCCUGGCCUAAUUGCCCAACCUCACUAAUGCUCGCAGAUGAAUUGAACCAAGUCCCCGCAGCAAUGUUCCAACAUCUAGUGGAAAGCCUUCCCAGAAGAGUGGAGGCUGCUAUAGCAGCAGAGGAGGGGGACCAACUCCAUAUUAAUUUACAUGAUUUUAGAAUGAAAUAUUUGACAAGUAGGUGUCCACAUACUUUUGGUAAUGUAGUGUAUGCAUUAAUGAAUAUAAUUGCAUAGGUCUUUUAAUUACAAAAACUUGGUUGGUAUGCUCAUACACCAUUUUGUAGAUUGGCUGGUGUAUACAGUCAAAGCAAUUGAACUUCAGAUAGUUCUGCCUUUUGUUGGUCAUAUGGAAGUGUUCUGGUUCUUUGGAUUUGUACUACUCUGGAUUCCUUUUGUUGAAAUAAGUGGCAUAAAUGUUUAACUGUAUAUACUGUGUCUGAGUGACUGUGCAGAUGAGGACAUUUUUAUAUUGCUUAUAUUUUUGUAUAUGAAUAUUUAAGAAAUUCUAAUUAAUAAUUUCCCUCAUUAAGUUAUGUUCAGUUAUCAAUGAUAAAUAUAACUGUCAAAUAUUUUGUCCGUUUGUCUAUAAAACAAUAAAGGAAUAACAUUUGC